AUGGCUAACCUCCCUAACUUGCGACGCCUCUUUGUCGAGGCUAGAACGGAGGCGGAGGAGAACGAGUACUCACGGAAGGCCUUCUACAAUCUCGUACUCUUCAUUUCUUCUGUCGCCAUCUUCAGCUUGACUGCUCAGCGCAUGAGUGGACCGAAAGCUGGGCGAUGA